GCUGGCUACCAAGGUGAACCCUGAACGGUUCCCACCUUAAAAUCUGCCCUGCUCGUGACGUCAGGUCGGAAAUAUACCAAAGCGAGCGCCGGCCAGGAGUCUGGGGAGCGCGGCGGCGCGGCGAUUGGGCGGCGGGCCGCUGACGCGCGCUGACGCGCGGAGACUUUAGGUGAAUGUUGGCAGCGGCAGCGCGAGCCACAUAAACAAAGGCACAUUGGCGGCCAGGGCCAGUCCGCCCGGUGGCUCGCGCUCUGCUCCGCGGUCCCGCUCGCCUGCCCAGCCGGCCGCUUUCCCCUGCUCCCUCCCUGCUCUCGGAGUCGCAGCUCCCAUCGCCCCUCUCGCCCACCCCUCCCUGACCCUGCCGCCCCGACUUCAGAGGGAACUACACUUCGGCUGAGUUGAAUGAAUGAAGAGAGACGCGGGGAACUCCUAAGUUCUCUUGGAAGUGGGCGCUAGAAGCGCGGAACGCGAGUGGGGCCGGAGCGCUGGGAGUAGGUGUGCGCAGCUACAGAGGACAUUUGUCGGAACUCAGCUUUGCCACUCAGCAGAGGCUUCCAGGCUCCUCAUUGGUGGAAGUGGAAGGGAGGCUUGCAUAGUUUGGGGAGUUGCGGACUUGCCGCGGAAAUGUGCAUAAAGUUUGCUCUUAGUGCGGAUUUGAUUGUGGUCUUUGGACACGUAGACUCCAAGUUCUGUGUUUACGGGAGGCCUGGACGCUGCAAAGUAACAGGGAGUAAGUUCUUCAGUUUAUGUGUUGCUUGGGAACUGUGUCACCGCGGCUGGCCAGCGUGCCCAGGUUUCCUGGGUAUUAUUGGGUAAUGGGGGGCAGUUGGUAGAGUGACCUGUUACUAAGUUGCUUGAAAUUUCUGGUUUUAAUCUAUGCUGCGCUUGCGUAUGGUAUGUGAAUUUGUCAGAGACAGAGACAGACGGAAUAUUUAAAGAGUACAGCUCUGAAGCUGCGAAGUUACCAGAGGGUUAAUAUUCCAGCCAGUCGUAUCUGUUCUGUGCUAUGAGGGUCAAGAGUCUCCUUUCUUUCUACUUUUUCUGAUUAUCCUCCCUCCCCCAUGAAGCAAGAUUAUGAAGGGAUGUGAGCAAGGAGAACAGAAAGAUUGGGUGUUUGGCUUUCUUUUUCAUUAGUAAUAAAAUUAUCUAUGCUCUAGAAUGCCUUCUAAGUGGGAACGUCUGAAAAUUACUAGAACACAAGAAUGCCUUGUUCCAGCAAGACUGUGGAAGGCUGGAUAGGGAAGGUGCUCAGCUUGCUAUGUGGAGAGGUACUUCUAACACUGGUGCCAAUUUUGGAUAAGUAGUUAUUUCUCUCUCUCUACAACUGACCUAAGAUGCUCCUGGAAAAAUAGGGCCCCUUCUUUCCACUCCUUGGCAGUUUAAGAUGAAAGACCAACUUCCUGGAAAAGGAGGAGAUCCAACAGGCUGGGCUCUCCACUGCUUUUCUAAAGAUCUUGGAAACUUUGUCCUUCAUUGAAUUACGACACUGUCCACCUUUAAUUUUCUCGAAAACGCCUGUAACUCGGCUGAAGCCAUGCCUUGUGUUCAGGCGCAGUAUGGGUCCUCGCCUCAAGGAGCCAGCCCCGCUUCUCAGAGCUACAGUUACCACUCUUCGGGAGAAUACAGCUCCGAUUUCUUAACUCCAGAGUUUGUCAAGUUUAGCAUGGACCUCACCAACACUGAAAUCACUGCCACCACUUCUCUCCCCAGCUUCAGUACCUUUAUGGACAACUACAGCACAGGCUACGACGUCAAGCCACCUUGCUUGUACCAAAUGCCCCUGUCCGGACAGCAGUCCUCCAUUAAGGUAGAAGACAUUCAGAUGCACAACUACCAGCAACACAGCCACCUGCCCCCCCAGUCCGAGGAGAUGAUGCCGCACUCCGGGUCGGUUUACUACAAGCCCUCCUCGCCCCCGACGCCCACCACCCCGGGCUUCCAGGUGCAGCACAGCCCCAUGUGGGACGACCCAGGCUCGCUCCACAACUUCCACCAGAACUACGUGGCCACCACGCACAUGAUCGAGCAGAGGAAAACGCCGGUCUCCCGCCUCUCCCUCUUCUCCUUUAAGCAGUCGCCCCCUGGCACCCCCGUGUCUAGCUGCCAGAUGCGCUUCGACGGGCCCCUGCACGUUCCCAUGAACCCAGAGCCGGCGGGCAGCCACCACGUGGUGGACGGGCAGACGUUCGCUGUGCCCAACCCCAUCCGAAAGCCCGCGUCCAUGGGCUUCCCGGGCCUGCAGAUCGGCCACGCGUCGCAGCUGCUUGACACGCAGGUGCCCUCGCCACCGUCGCGGGGCUCCCCCUCCAAUGAGGGGCUGUGCGCCGUGUGCGGGGACAACGCGGCCUGCCAGCACUACGGCGUGCGCACCUGUGAGGGUUGCAAAGGGUUCUUUAAGCGCACGGUGCAAAAAAACGCGAAAUACGUGUGUCUAGCAAAUAAAAACUGCCCAGUGGACAAGCGGCGCCGGAAUCGUUGUCAGUACUGCCGAUUUCAGAAGUGCCUGGCUGUUGGGAUGGUCAAAGAAGUGGUUCGAACGGACAGUUUAAAAGGCCGGAGAGGUCGUUUACCCUCGAAACCGAAGAGCCCACAGGAGCCCUCUCCCCCCUCGCCCCCGGUGAGUCUGAUCAGUGCCCUCGUCAGGGCCCAUGUCGACUCCAACCCGGCUAUGACCAGCCUGGACUAUUCCAGGUUCCAGGCGAACCCUGACUAUCAGAUGAGUGGAGAUGACACCCAGCAUAUCCAGCAAUUCUAUGAUCUCCUGACUGGCUCCAUGGAGAUCAUCAGAGGCUGGGCGGAGAAGAUCCCGGGCUUUGCGGACCUGCCCAAAGCCGACCAGGACCUGCUUUUCGAAUCGGCUUUCUUAGAACUAUUUGUGCUGCGAUUAGCAUACAGGUCCAACCCAGUGGAGGGUAAACUCAUCUUUUGCAAUGGGGUGGUCUUGCACAGGUUGCAAUGUGUUCGUGGCUUUGGGGAAUGGAUUGAUUCCAUUGUUGAAUUCUCCUCCAACUUGCAGAAUAUGAACAUCGACAUUUCUGCCUUCUCCUGCAUUGCUGCCCUGGCUAUGGUCACAGAGAGACACGGGCUCAAGGAACCCAAGAGAGUGGAAGAGCUGCAAAACAAGAUUGUAAAUUGUCUCAAAGACCAUGUGACUUUCAAUAAUGGGGGCUUGAACCGCCCCAACUAUUUGUCCAAACUGUUGGGGAAGCUCCCAGAACUUCGUACGCUUUGCACACAGGGGCUACAGCGCAUUUUCUACCUGAAACUGGAAGACUUGGUACCACCGCCAGCAAUAAUUGACAAACUUUUCCUGGACACUUUACCUUUCUAAGACCUCCUUCCAUGCACUUCAGAGGAACUGGAAAGAAACCCAAAACUGCCCAGACGGGGCAAGUCACAAGGGCAGAGAGAUCCCCCUGAGCUGCUUCAGCUCUAGCCGGCCCCCAUCCCUUCCACACCCUCCCAGCCCUUUGAUCCCUAAAGAAAAACAAAAACAAAAAAACAAAAACUGUUGCUAUUUCUUAACCUGCAGGCAGAACCUGAAAGGGCAUUUUGGCUCCGGGGCAUCCUGGAUUUAGAACACGGACUACACACAAUACAGUGGUAUAAACUUUUUAUUAUCAGUUUAAAAAUCAUUUUAUUGUUCAGAAGGAAGAUUCCUGAUGUAUGAUGGAAAACGUUUGGCCAUGUUUGGUUGUUGCAGUUAAAACAAAUGUAAUACACAUACACACAUAUACACACACACCCACAUUGUAAGGGGACCCACAAGUAUUGCCCUUUAAAAGACUUCAAAGUUUUCUGCUGUAAAGAAAGCUGUAAUAUAUAGUAAAACUAAAUGUUGCGUGGGUGGCAUGAGUUGAAGAAGGCAAAGGCUUGUAAAUUUUCCCAAUGCAGUUUGGCUUUUUAAAUUAUUUUGUGCCUAUUUAUGAAUAAAUAUUACAAAUUCUAAAAGAUAAGUGUGUUUGCAAAAAAAAAAAAAAAGAAAUAACUACACAAAAAAGGGACAAGCAUGUUGAUUCUAGGUUGAAAAUGUUAUAGGCACUUGCUACUUCAGUAAUGUCUAUAUUAUAUAAAUAGUAUUUCAGACACUAUGUAGUCUGUUAGAUUUUAUAAAGAUUGGUAGUUAUCUGAGCUUAAACGUUUUCUCAAUUGUAAAAUAGGUGGGCGCAAGUAUUACACAUCAGAAAAUCCUGACAAAAGGGACACAUAGUGUUUGUAACACCGUCCAACAUUCCUUGUUUGUAAGUGUUGUAUGUACCGUUGAUGUUGAUAAAAGAAAGUUUAUAUCUUGAUUAUUUUGUUGUCUAAAGCUAAACAAAACUUGCAUGCAGCAGCUUUUGACUGUUUCCAGAGUGCUUAUAAUAUACAUAACUCCCUGGAAAUUACUGAGCACUUUGAAUUUUUUUGUUUUUUUUAAAAUGUCUAAGAUUGUCAGUUAAUAUAUUAUUUUAUGUUUGAGUAAGAAUUUUAAUAUUGCCAUAUUCUGUAGUAUUUUUCUUUGUAUAUUUCCAGUAUGGCACAUGAUAUGAGUCACUGCCUUUUUUUCUAUGGUGUAUGACAGUUAGAGAUGCUGAUUUUUUUUUUCUGAUAAAUUCUUUCUUUGAGAAAGACAAUUUUAAUGUUUACAACAAUAAACUAUGUAAAUGAA